AUGGACGCCGAUAGUGACAUGUAUGGAGUAGAUAGGAAUGGCUUUCUCGAAAGCUCGUAUCAAGUUAAUGAUGAUGUUUCGAUUCCUGUUUAUGCGAACGUUCAAUUAUAUCCAUGUUCGACCUGUGGUCGAUGCUUUAAUCCUGAGUCGUUGCGUAAGCACCAGCCAGUUUGUAAAAAGACUGUUCAAAAACAGCCGAGGAAAGUGUUCGAUACUGGAAAACAACGUGCUACCGAUUCAGAUGUGCCUUAUUCAGCAACCAAAGAAACUACACAGUUUUAUAAUGAAGGCGUCAAGCCUAAACAAGAUUUUCCAAAGAAGAAAGCGACAAAUUGGAGGGAGGGACAUGCUGCACUUGUGCGAACAAUUCGUGAAGCGCGACAAAUAACACGAGCUAUAGAAACCGGUGCUCCCUUACCCAAACAAACACCUUCACAAAUUCCAACUGAUUAUGUCCAAUGUGAUUUUUGUCAACGGCAUUUUAAUAAACAUUCUGCUGAACGACACAUUCCUUUUUGUGAAACCCAACAUAAACGUAAACAAAUGCAAUCUGCAACCGGUCCGACGGGAGCACCAUCAUCAGCAGGUAGUACACGUACUGGUACGGGAAGUAUUGGUCGUCAAGGACGUGGAAACCAACAACAACAGCUAAAUUAUGAGACACCUGUUGGAAGUGCUAAUAAACAGUAUCAAAUUAAUUCAGCACCUUCGAGCUAUGCGUCGAGACGUGCAGCAAAAAAUAACGACGAAAGAGAAUUUCGAAGACCACCGAUCAAUCCAAAUACAUUCAAAAAGCCAAAUUACGGCGAAACCGUGACAAACAAUACAAAUGGUACGCCACCGAAAUAUGGUAGUUUUCGUUCAACAAAAAUACGAAGUGCUGCGGGUGCUUAUGCACCAGGGAUGAUGCGAACGGGUCGCACAAUAGAAAACGAUGAUUUGAAUGUGGUUGCAGCAGCUGGACGAGGACAACAAAGGAGCGAUGCUUCACCACAGUUACAACGACGAACCGGAGGAAUCAAAACUCGAUCUCCAAGUCCAGCACGUCGACCAUCGUUGACGAAUGGUGGUUUUCAACAGAAACCAAGAACACAAGUUCCAUCUUCAGUAGCUAAACAUUGUCAUGAAUGUGGCGAAGCUUUUCCUGUCGAAUGGGCAAAGUUUUGUUGUGAGUGUGGCGAAAAGCGUUUAGGUCUUUAA